GGAUGGGGCCGGGCUGCCCCGGAGCAGCUCCUCCCUCUCGCUAUUUAUUCCUCCGCGGAGCUCCGCGGCUGAUUCACCUCGGAGCGGGCGGGCAGCGCGUUCCCAGCCGCCAUGGCCCGGCUCCUGGGCACCUCCUGCCUGCUGCUGCUGCUGCUCCUGGGCGCCGACCUCGCCUCCUGCAAGAAGGGCAAAGGCAAACCCGGCGGGGGCGGCUGGGGCACCGGGAGCCGCCAGCCCAGCUACCCCCGGCAGCCCGGCUACCCGCCCCAGAACCCCGGCUACCCGCACAACCCCGGCUACCCGCACAACCCCGGCUACCCCCACAACCCCGGGUACCCGCACAAUCCUGGCUACCCGCACAACCCCGGGUAUCCCCAGAACCCCGGGUACCCGGGCUGGAACCAGGGCUACAACCCGUCGAGCGGAGGGAGUUACCACCAGAAGCCGUGGAAGGCGCCCAAGCCCAAGCCCAACCUGAAGCACGUGGCGGGGGCGGCGGCGGCGGGCGCCGUGGUGGGCGGCCUGGGGGGCUACGCCAUGGGCCGGGUGAUGUCGGGGAUGCAGUACCGCUUCGACAGCCCCGACGAGUACCGCUGGUGGAGCGAGAACGCCGCGCGUUACCCCAACCAGGUCUACUACCGCGACUACCGCGGCAGCGCCGUGCCGCAGGACGUCUUCGUGGCCGACUGCUUCAACAUCACCGUCACCGAGCACAACAUCGGCCCCGCCGCCGGGAAGAACGCCUCGGAGGCCGGCGCCGCGCUCAACCGGACCGAGGCGGAGCUGGAGACGCGCGUGGUGACCAAGGUGAUCCGCGAGAUGUGCGUGCGGCAGUACCAGGAGUACCGGCUGGCCGCCGGGACGCGGCCGCGCCUCGCCGCCGACGCCGCGCUGGCCGCGCUGCUGCUCCUGGCGCUCGCCGCCCUCCGCUAGAACCCCGCGGCUGCCGGGCCCCCCCGCCCCGGCCCGGCUCUCUCGGUUUUUUGGGGAGGCAAGAAAAAACGGGAUGAAAAAAUUUCCUUUUCCGCCCCCAAACGCGGCCCCGGAGACCAGAAGCGCGGCCUUCAUCUCCUCCUCCUCCUCCUCGGGGCUACCCCCGAGAGGGACCGGCCAGAGGGGAGCUCUCCUCGGGGUCCCUGCAGGAGAUUUUCCAAAAAUCCUCUUUGUUAACAGGCGGGGUGUUGUCUCACCCCUCAGUCCCCCCCAGCUCCCUGGGGAUCUCAGAGGGGCAGCCGUGGGGUUUUCAAGCUGCCAGGUUGAAAAAUUUGAACCAUUUCAUCCUUAAAAAAACCCCAAAAACCCUUCCCCGUGUACAUACGGAGCUGCCACUCCACACCCUGCACGCUGCAAGAACCCCGUGCAGCAACACACCAAAAUAAUGAAAUAAAGUAAUUUUUUACUCCCCGUCAGCCUUUAGAGGCAGAAAGUGCUGCUGAAUGCCCCAAACACCCCCCAAAACGGUGUUACAGCCCGAGAAAAAGCCACUUGGUGACAAGUCCUGUUCGUGCUUCAGCACCUGGACUAAAGGAGGUGAAAAUGCAGCACAGAGAAUUCUCAGGGUGGCCAGAGACUGACACCGGUACAGCAAACAGCACCGGGAAAAACGGGCCUGGGAAGGGAGACACUUUCAAAAAAAAAUCACAUUUCGGAGUAAUUCCUUUGCCCUGCGGAAGCAGCAGUGAAAUUCCUGCUUCUCGCGUGGAUGCUGGGCUGGGGACGAGCUGUAACACCCGCGGCGCUGCGCUUGUGGAACCGAGCUCGGUUUAAUAUCUCGUGCAUUUUAUUUUUGCAAGGCACUGAAUAACACUGUCCUAAAUGAGUUUGUUUUUUGUUUUUUUUUUUUUUUUGCAUUGGUGUAAGCUAAGUGAAGAUAUAUAUUAUAUAUAUAUAUAUAAAUAUCUACAAACAGAGAGAAAAGAAACCUUUUUUCAGGACGGCCACCGGAAAAGCAGGGCUUGGAGGUGCCCGGUACUUUGUGACACGCGGAUGUUUUGUAACCCCGGCCCGGGAUUCGCCGGGCUGAGCCUUUUCUAAGCGUUCCACGUCUGGUACAAAUUAGAACGGAUCGAGCCGAGGUGCCCGGCAGCCUCCUUUGUGUGCCAGCCCCGCUGCAUUGCUGCAUUCCCGCAUUUCUGCAUUCCCGCAUUUCCGCGUUCCCGCAUUUCCCCUCCCCAUCCCCCGAGGCCUGAGGGAGCUUUUGUUCCCUUCCAGCACCAAAUUUGGCCCCAGCCCCACAGUUCCAGUCAGCCUUUUGUCCGCCCCUGCCCCCACCGCUGGUAUCGCUGCAGGCCAAGAAGUGUUUUCUAAUUUCUGUCUCAUUCCAGUCUCGGCUCUAAUAAAGGAGUUUUUACAUUUGC